AUGGGCCAAGAGCUGGAGGAGGGGAGUGGGCUGGAUGGAAGAUCUUUGGAACUGGCCUACUUUCAGGAAUGCUCUCCUGGAGGUCACCAGAUCCUUCAGGACAUUCGGAGGAGUGUGGAUUUUGGAGCAUCAGAAGGGCAGCAGUUGGUGGAGCUGAUUUGUGAUCGUUCCCUCCGCCCAGGAUGGUACCGCUUCCAGAUCUCAGACAGACCUGCAGAGAUGCCAACCACCUGUGUAGAGGUGAACCGCUGUGGUACCCAAGUCCCACUCUGGUUAUCUCUGAGAGAAGGGGAGGCCCUGCCCCUGCCAGGGGAGGCCAUGCAGCUGACAGCCUGUGCCUCCUGGGAGUUCUUUGGGGCUGCCAAGGACUGCUGCUUGUUCCGCAUUCCUGUGACCGUGAGGAACUGCAGACCUUUCCUGGUCUACUUCCUGCAGCCCACCCAGGGCUGUAUGGGGUACUGUGCAGAAGGUCCUCCUGAUGCCCCAACACCGCCCUCCCCUCCAAGAGCCCCAGAGGUGGUGGUCAAGUUGAUUGCAUCCAAGAUCUUUCUCCAGUGCACCUUUGAGGGGUCUCCCACAAACAGCUCUCUGGGAUUUGUCAUUGCUUGGUCCAGACUUUCAUCAGAAGGACUCCAAGAGGAACUGAAGAAGGAGACUACGGUGGAGGAAUCAUCCCUUUUAGAACUUGAUGGCAUGAACCUCAGGCUUGGAGACAGGAUUUUUUGUGGUGUGUCUGCCUUUUUCCGAGAGAACCCAGGCAUACAAAGUGUGGUCAUCAAGAGUAAAGAAUUCUUUGCCGGCAUUAAGCUCCAGCCAGAGGUAAGCACGAUCUCGGAAGAUGGACGACAGCACCAGCUGAAGAUAGAGAGCACAGUUCCCAUUCUUUGUCCUGAGGCUGACCAAGGAUGCAAGGUCUCCUUGACAUUGAAAACCAUUGACUGGGGUAAUGGACAGCAAGGUCUCAAUUUGGCUCUUUCUCAUUGUCAAGUGCACCUUCCUGAGACGUCAUCCUGUGAGAAUGGAACUUGUAGCCAGGCCCUUAUUUAUUUCACAGCCGUAAUAGACUUUUCACGGGAUGGAGACAGAGUUACCGAGAUUGUUGUGGAGCCCAUUGUCAGUGAGAACUUCCUGUGGAGAGGCUACAUUCCUGAAACCACACAGAUCGAAGUAAAGGACCUUCCCACAGCCAAUUGCUAUUCAUUUACUGAUCCUCAUAUAAUUACACUGGAUGGGAGGCAUUAUGAGCACUUCAAGACUGGAACUUUUGUGCUCUACAAGAGCGUGUCUCGAGAUUUUGAGGUCCACGUUCGCCAGUGGGACUGUGGAAGUCUUCACUACCCAGUGUCUUGUAACUGUGGGUUUGUGGCCAAAGAAGGAGGUGAUGUGGUUGCGUUGGACAUGUGCAGUGGUCAGCUCCAUGAAUCACAGCCCUAUUUAUUUGUGAAGAGCAGAGACCCCACCAGCAAUAUCAAGAUUAGGGAGUCUUAUUUAGGAAGGAAAGUCACGAUCUUCUUUUCUUCUGGAGCUUUUGUUCGUGCUGAUCUUAGUGAAUGGGGCAUGAGUUUGACGAUCCAGUCUCCUAGCUCAGACCACAAAAACACCCAGGGACUUUGUGGCACCUUUGAUGAAGACCCAGAGAAUGACUUCCAUGACAAACAUGGCACCGUGAUCAAAGACCAUUCCAAUCCCUACCUUGUUUUUAUUAAUGAGUGGAGGAUAUCACCAGGAAAGAGUAUGUUUGAUAAACUUCCAGUUUCUUUGAAAUCUCCUGGAAAAAUCUCCUACUGCAGCUGUGCAGGAGACAAGGCUAGACUCCAAUCUGUCAAUCAUCCGGAGAGUCACCCUCAAUCAGAAGUUACUUCAGGCUGCCAUGACAGUGAACAUGUGAGACGUCCUUCUUUGAUACCAGAACUGGACGUCACUAUGGAGUAUAUCAGUGCUUAUGAACUGAGUGCAAGUUUAAAGAAGCGUUCAUUGAGAGAAGAAAAAAAUCCAGAUUCCCUUUUUUCAAGCCAAGAAAAAAAUAUUAAUCUAACAAAGGUAGAUUCUGAGGGUCCGAGUCAUCACAAGAAGGACAAAGGGAAAACAGCCCCUUCAGAAGUCAGGAAGCAUAUACAAAAUCGGGACCGCCAUCUCCAAGAAAGACGACCUGUCCAAAGCAGGCAGAAAAGACAACAUCUGCAUGAAUAUCCUCCCACAUUUUCUUUCUCCAAUCUCAGCCCCACUGACCUGGAAGGAUUAAGCUAUUUUUUUCCUGAGGACCAUGCUGCUGACACACACCAAGAGUUUGUACCCUCGUGGCCCACACCUUCUGGGCUGAUGGAAGCCCAUGUGUUGGAAGCCUGCCAUCGGAUCUUGACCAACUCCAGCAUUGGAAGGUACUGUGCAGAGUUUCUUGGUGAGAGAACAGAUAGUGUUGUCAAGAUGUGUGUGAAGGACGUGCUGUUGAAAGAUGACCUUAGCUGGGCAGAAGCAGGUUUGGCGCUCUUAGAAAAUGAAUGUGAAAAGAGAAUUUUGGAAGAAGCAAAGUACAACACAGAAGAUUAUGGCCAAUCCAUUGAAGAAAUUCUUCUUGUGUUAAAAUGUCCCAAUUUGUGUACUGGACAAGGACAGUGUAUGGAAUGGGGCUGUGCAUGUUUCCAAGGCUUUAGUUCCUUUGACUGCAGUGUCUCAUCUGACCAGGCUCCAGAAAUUACAGAGCUUGAGAAUGCUGGCUUGUGUGACAUCCAGUUGGACAGCUGCAUGACAGUGAGAGUUUUUGGUCACGGAUUCAGAGAGUCACCAACAAUCAAAUGUGAAAUGAUCCAGCAGCAGUAUAACAGUAGCCAAGGGAUCUUGGGAGCACCUAUAUACACAGAUGUCAUCUUCCAAAACAGCACAUUUGUCACUUGCCAGCUGCCUGCCCAUGUCCAGAAGUCACCCACAACAGAUCCAAGGGGGGAUGGGCCAACUGCAAAGUGGCAAGUGAAGGUUUCUAAUGAUGGCCAUCACUUUAGUAACCCUCAGAUGCUGACUAUCUAUGAUGGUGCUUGUCAGACAUGUGACCUCCAUGCUGAAGGACGGUGUACAUUAAAGGAAAAGUAUUGCUACCUCAAUGGGCUCUGCUACGGAGAGGGGGAGCCCAGCCCGACGAGCCCUUGUCUGCUCUGCAGAAGUGGCCUCUCCAAGUGGACUUGGUCCAUCUCUGAAGACAACCAACCCCCCGUGUUCCAGGAACCACAAGAAAGACUACAGACAUUUUAUGGGCAAAACUUUGUGUACCCAUUGGUGGCCUUAGACCCAGAAGGCUCUGCCAUCUUCUUUGCCUUGAUCUCGGGCCCAGAGGGAGCCAGUGUCUCUCCUGGGGGCAUCCUGAAAUGGAAAGUCCUGUCCCAGAGUACGCAGACAUUUACCAUCAGCGCCGUGGAUGACUGCAAGGCUGAGGCCACAGUGACCAUUGAGGUGUCUGUGAAGCCCUGUGACUGCCUGAAUGGAGGGUCCUGUAUGCCCCAGGGGGACGUCCCCCAAGGAGAGGGGAUAUAUUGGUGUUCUUGCCCGCUCGGGUUUGAAGGCACCCAGUGUGACGUGGACAUCAAUGAGUGUGAACCUCACCCCUGUGGUCCUGGCCAAUGCAGGGAUGCCAUUGGGAAUUACUCCUGUGAAUGCCCAGCGGGGUUGACAGGCACAAAUUGCCAGGAUGACGUGGACGAAUGCAGAUCCGACCCCUGCUCUCCCAGACAACUGUGCGUCAACGUUCUUGGCUCCUAUCACUGCGUGCUGUGUCCCAAAGACCUUCAAGGCGCUGGGGAAGCCUGCCACGGUGAAGCCGAGUUUACGAGUGAGCUGACAUCUCAUCUCGGGGUUCCCAAGGACUCCGAAGAGAAGGAAGCCAGAGGAGGGCAGAGUGAGGUGCCCCAGGAGAAAGAAGAGAAAGCACAGCCCGGGGAGGAAGGUGUGCCAGGUGUCACUGGCAGGGCCCCUCCCGCUCCACCCUCCUGGACCUCCGGCCAGUUGUCUACAGCCUUGUUUGCAGAGCCCUGGGGUGACAGUGCAGGGGGCAGGGCAGUUGGGGCUUCCAGACGAGGACAGGAGCUUGCCCAGAGUUACCCAGGUGUGAGGAGCAGCAUAGUCCAAGCCCUCCAAGGCCACCUCCCCACACUGCUUUCCAUGCUGAGCCGCCAUUUCCUCCCAGAGUUGGAAUCCAUGGCCAUGACCAGCCGCCCUUCCAGGGUGUCCCUCUAUCAGUCCUUUGUGGCUCUGAAGGCUACCCAGCUCUCUGUGACCACAGCUGUGGAUCCCAGCCUGACUGCCAGCAGCAGCCUGGACCUGAGGUGGACCCUGGCUGAGGAUGGCCACUCUCUGACAGCCAGCCCAGACCCUUCCCUAAGCGGAACGAGUCCCAUCCAAACACAGGCGGGAGCCUCCUGGACCUCAAGCAGCCUCUGGAAGGAGCUGUUGGGAGCUGGUCCCAGCACAGUGACCAUGCCACCAGUGAUGCCUAAGAAGGACCAGAGCUCCACCAACCCUGGAACAGCCAAGCCGCUCACCUGUGCCGACUCCCCUUGCUUUCCGGGUGUGCCCUGUGCAUCAGCCCUUGAUGGAAGCUUCCAGUGUGGCCGCUGUCCCUUCGGUUACUAUGGAGAUGGGGCAGAGUGCAAAGCCAUCUGCAGGCACCCCUGUGGCAGGAGCAUGGAGUGCGUGAGGCCCAAUGUCUGCAGAUGCAAAGCUGGCUUUUACGGCCCCAGCUGCCACACCGCUCUGUGUCGCCCUGACUGUAAGAACAAUGGGAAAUGUGUCAAGCCAGGGGUCUGCCAGUGUCUUCCAGGCCUUGGGGGAGUCACCUGUGAAGAAGCCCAGUGCAGCCCACCUUACCAGCAUGGUGGGACAUGCUUGGCUCAAAAUCUCUGCAUGUGUCCCUACAGCUUUGUAAGACUAAGGUGUGAGACAAUGCUGUGUGGCAGGCACUGUGAACAUGGCGGCCAGUGCGUCACUCCAGACGUCUGCCAGUGUCAGCAGGGAUGGUCCGGCCCUACCUGUGCCACAGCUUUGUGUGAGCCAGUUUGCCUCAACGGCGGUUUCUGCCAUAAGCCAAACACCUGCCUCUGCCCACCCGGAUUCUUUGGUUUGAGGUGUCAGAAUGCGCUCUGCAAUCCUCCCUGUAAAAAUGGUGGCCACUGCAUGAGAAAUAAUGUCUGCUCCUGCUCUGAGGGGCACACUGGAUGGAGAUGCCAGAAAAGCAUCUGUGACCCUGCAUGCAUGAACGGAGGCAGGUGUGUGCGGCCCAAUGUCUGCUCCUGUCCAUCUGGGUGGCGAGGGAAGAGAUGCAGCUCACCAAUCUGUCUGCCAGAGUGUCAGAAUGGGGGAGAAUGUAUAGGCCCAAGUGUGUGCCACUGUCCCACUUCUUGGGGAGGAGUGUAUUGCCAAACAGAUAUUUGUGACCGGACAUGUCUUCAUGGAGGCAGCUGUGUCCUCCCCAAUACCUGUGCCUGUCGGCCUGGCUAUGCUGGAGCCCUGUGUGAGAAGAAAGACCCAGGCCUGAUGCAGAUGCAAGCGCCCCAGUGA